AUGUAUAGCGCAAAUACAUCACAUUUUUCAGAUCAACUACGUCUUCUCAUUGUUCUAUCGAAAUUUAUAAAAGGGACUAAUUGCUUUAAAUUCUUGAAAAGAAGACUCCCUUCGUCUUGCACUAAACGGUUAGAUGAACUUGCUAAUCUGAAGUGCAAAAUUGCAUCGGAAAAGGUAAAACUGGAGUUUUAUAAAACUUGCAUUAAUUCACACAUAUUUCCAAGACAUCUCUAUAAAUUCUUACGAUCUAAUAAGUUACAACCAAAUGUGUCUAAUCUUUUGCGUCUGGCGAAAUCUCAUAAAGAAAAAUGUAAUGAUAUGUUGAAUAAACUAAUUGAACUUCAUACUCAGGCAUCAUGCGUAUUAUCUAAUCUCUCUCUUCUAUGUCGUAUUAAAUUUAUGAAUUUUUGCAGUACUGUGGUUGCUAAAACAAAUCAUACUACUAAACAAAAGCUGAGUAAAACUCUUGUGUAUGAUAAUGAUGGAAAUUUAUUUCAAUUUAACCCGGAUAAAUAUGUAUCAAAUUUAUCAACUGUUAGGCUUUCUGUAUUCGAGAAAGAAGCUCUAUCACUCGGAUUUAAUUUCUCCGUUGCACAUACCAAGAUUUCUGAUCUGUCGAUAGAUGCUCAAUUUGAAAGUCUUUAUGAUCAGUUGAACCCUCUUGUCCCAACCACCCUGGAUAGGAAAAAUUGGUUAAAGGUGAAAUUGGUUGACGUUGCCCACCACUUUCACGGAUCUCAAGUCAGACAAAGAAGUAUUUUGACUCCUAAACAUUUCGCUGCGUUAAAAAACCUCCAAUGUAGGUCAGAUAUUGUGAUCCUCAGACCUGACAAAGGUUCUGGGGUGGUCGUUAUCAAUAAAUGUGAAUAUAAAGACAAAAUGUUAUCUAUACUGGGUGAUCAAAGUAAAUUCUUACAGGACGUUUCUUCUAAUAUUAAUGUUAGAAAAUUGGAAUCCAGAGUGAAGUCCAAUCUAUUAAAGCUUCUUAAAAUGAACGUCAUAAACAACGAGGAGUUUAAUAUACUAAAACCCUCGGGUUCAGUUCUCCCGAAUUUAUAUGGAUUACCUAAAAUUCAUAAACCUAAUAUUCCAUUACGACCAAUUUUGUCUAUGAGUGGUUCUCCCACACACGAGCUAGCUAAAUGGUUAGUAAAACUGUUAAACCCAAUUCGUGCUAAUCUAUGUAGGAGUAAUCGAACAAUGCAAUCAAUGGUCAAUGAACAUGUACCCAGAUGGCUUCAAAAUCAGUGUGUGUCAAAUGAUCCGAUCAAUGUAGGCGGUAGAAAACCAUGUUCAUCGAUAGCAAAACACAUUAUUGAGACGGGGCACAAAAUUAACAUUAAUACAGCAUUUAGAAUGUUGUAUAGAAAUUGUCAAGGUCGAAUUCUUAAGUUUAUUGAAGCCUUAGCUAUUCGUAAAUUUAACCCCCCCUUAUGUGUACAAAAACAAUUUGUCGUAACCUUGAAUUUACCUUGGUAA